GGCGCGCGGAGGGCGGGGCUGCGCGGUAGGCGCGUUCGGUUGUCUCCCGGCUCCGGCCCCUGCUGCUGCCGCCGCUGCCGCCCCCCGCCAUGGGCAACGUGCUGGCCGCCAGCUCCCCCCCGCCCCCCACCGCGCCGGCCCCCGGCUCCGGCCCGGGGCUGGUGUCGCUGCCCCCCGGCUUCACGCUGCCCCCCGUGAGCGGGCUGGGCGCCCCCGCCGCUGCCCCCAGCCCCAGCACGGACCAGCUGCCCAACCCCGGCACCUUUGAGGAGUGUCACCGCAAGUGCAAGGAGCUGUUCCCGGUGCAGAUGGAGGGUGUGAAGCUGACGGUGAACAAGGGGCUGAGCAACCACUUCCAGGUGAACCACACCGUGGUGCUCAGCACCGUCGGCGACUCCAACUACCACUUUGGAGCCACCUACGUGGGCACCAAGCAGCUCAGCCCCACUGAGGCUUUCCCGGUGCUCGUGGGCGACAUGGACAACAGCGGGAGCCUCAACGCACAGGUCAUCCACCAGCUCUCGCCACGUCUGCGCUCCAAGCUGGCCUUUCAGACGCAGCAGUCAAAGUUCGUGAACUGGCAGGUAGAUGGCGAGUUUCGCGGCGCUGACUUCACGGCUGCCGUGACGCUCGGAAACCCCGACGUGCUGGUGGGCUCCGGUAUCCUGGUGGCGCACUACCUGCAGAGCGUGACACCCGGCCUGGCGCUGGGUGGGGAGCUGGUCUACCACCGCCGCCCCGGCGAGGAGGGCACCGUCACGUCGCUGGCUGGGAAGUACACGGCGCCGAACUGGAUCGGGACCCUGACGGUGGGGCAGGCUGGAGCUCAUGCAACCUACUACCACAAAGCCAACGACCAGCUGCAGGUUGGGGUGGAGUUCGAGGCCAGCACGCGCAUGCAGGACACCAGUGUGGCGUUUGGGUACCAGCUGGACCUGCCCAAGGCCAACUUGCUCUUUAGAGGCUCUGUGGACAGCAACUGGAUCGUGGGGGCGGUGCUGGAGAAAAAGCUGCUGCCGCUGCCGCUAACGCUGGCCAUGGGCGCCUUCCUCAACCACCGCAAGAGCAAGUUCCAGUGUGGCUUUGGCCUUACCAUCGGUUAGAGCCCCCAUUCCUGCUCCUCGCCCCCCCCGGCCGGCGGGACCCAGGCAUCGGAGCCCCAUCGCCUGUCUUCCUUUGGCCUGGGGGCUGCUGGACCCAGCCCCACCUUCCCUGUGCUCCCCCCUUUCCCCGCCAGGGGGCGCUGCGGCCUCAGGAACCGUCUGUGGUGUGGUCCGUCCCUGAGCUGAGCCGCGGGAGCGGGCCAGGACCUCCGGGGGGACUGCAGGGGCGGGAGGAGAUGUGAAUGGGCCCUGAGGCCGCACCAGGAGAUGCCUCGGGGGGAGCCAGGCCAUGACCCCCACAACAGUACUGCAAGAACUCAGGCCCAGGGGUCCUGCCUGGCCCCUGUGAGCAGAGCCUGGGACUGCUGUGAAUCAUGUGCAUAAGUUAUGGGACAGAGGGUCUUGUACACGAUGCCCCCCAUGUUGGUGCCGCGCAUGUGUGUGCACCUGUGUCACGCGCGUCCUAAUAAAUCACCCGCGCCUCUGG